AUGCGCAAGGCCACGACCAAGCUCGCGCCGAUCUCGCACCAGCAGUUUGCGUCCCAGUCCACCAAGGAGCUUGCCGUUUUGCGUGCGAUCGUUGUGCGCGAAGCGUGUCUUGACUACACCCUCGAGCUCGCAACGGGCUUUGUGCCGCCGACGCCGCCAACCGACCUCCUCCAAGCGCUUCUGCAGCUGCGCCUGGCGUCCAUCGACGUCGUCGAAGCCAUUGCGCUUUGGCGCCGCAUCCUCGUGCGUCCGAUGCCGUUCGUGUGGCGCGGGACCAACUACUUGCUGCGCAUGGUCCAUGACACGGACUUUGUCGCCAAGAGCUCCCAGGUCGCAGCCGCGCUCGGCGUGGCCCUCCGGCGCAGAAACCCGUUUUGCACAGUGCCGGGCCUCGACAUGAAGCAGCGCGUCCGGGAUGCUUCCACAGCGUCCGACCUCGUGCUUGUGAUCGAUCCGACGGAAACCAACAUCGCGCUGCGCCUCCACCGCGCCGAGCUGCUUAUUUUGCUCGAGUCCGAAGGUCAAGUGACGGACGAGCGGUCCAAGGACGAGCGCGGGGGCCAACUCGCCCAAAAAGAAGCCGAAGAAGUGAGUCGCCGACGGUUUGGAGGGUUACAGCACGAGGUACCGUAG